GACACCACCAGAGUAAAAGAAUGAAAAUAAGAUGUGCCCUCUUACAUAGGUUGAGACACAGGUACGUCCUGUUCUCUCUGUCUCUGCUGGCGCUGUGCUUGCUUAAACUGGUCUUCAUCAGAAUGGCAGUGCGUAACAGCUUCUCCUUUGAGCCUUUUGGAAUCACCUCCAACUCCUCCGGAGUCCAGUUCCACAGGUAUGACAUCAACUGUACUGCCAUCUACCAUCUGGACCCGGUGGAGAUAGGGAAAACUCUGGAGAGGAGAAGGGAAGAUGCUGUCAACGUAAAUGAUCAUAGCAUUGUUUCUUUGACCUCAGACUGUGAGAGGUUUAUCAAGAUAAGGGAAUACAAUACAAUACCUGUGUCAAGUGAGGAGCGACAGUUUCCUCUUGCUUACUCUCUAGUGGUGCAUAAGAAUUCACCUAUGGUGGAGCGCAUCCUCCGUGCCGUUUAUGCACCUCACAACAUCUAUUGUAUUCACUAUGACCAGAAGUCUUCUGCAGCAUUUAUAAAGGCCAUGAACAAUUUGGCACGUUGUUUGCCAAAUCUCUUCAUUGCCUCUAAAUUGGAGUCUGUGGAAUAUGCCCACAUUACAAGGCUCAAUGCUGACCUUAAUUGCCUCUCUGAUCUGUUGGGGUCAGAGGUCAAGUGGAAGUAUGUCAUCAAUCUGUGUGGCCAGGAUUUUCCCCUCAAGACCAACUAUGAACUUGUUCUGGAGCUUAAGACGCUCAAUGGCCAAAACAUGCUGGAGUCGAGCCGUCCCAGCAAACUCAAGAAACAACGCUUCAGCUUCCGGCAUGAGCUGAAAAAUGUGCCUUACGAGUACCAUCGGCUGCCUGUGAAAACUACACAAGCCAAAGAUGCAGCUCCGCAUGGUAUUGAGAUAUUCAUCGGCAGUGCAUACUUUGUCCUGUCAUGGGACUUUGUGAACUAUGUAACGAACAGCCAGAUGGCUAAAGACUUCCUGGCAUGGUCUGCUGACACAUAUUCACCUGAUGAACACUUUUGGGCCUCCUUGGUGCGUGUACCAGGGGUGCCAGGCCACAUUCCCAAGUCCCACCCUGAUAUUACAGAUCUGAAGAGCAAGACACGACUGGUCAAGUGGAACUAUUUAGAAGGAGCCCUGUAUCCACCCUGCACUGGAACACACAUGCGCAGCGUUUGUAUCUACGGAGCUGCGGAGCUCCGCUGGCUCUUGAACUAUGGUCACUGGUUUGCAAACAAAUUUGACCUCAAAGUGGACCCGAUCCUGAUUAACUGCUUAGAAGAACAACUGGAGGAAAAACGUAAACACAGAGUAAACAUGAAGUUUACGUAAAUGUGAAAUGUGAUUCCAAAUGGGAUGAGAAAGCAUAUUCUGUGUAUUUAAGACAAAGAUGAACAAUAUCCUGCAGCAGGAAGCCACUCAACCUGCAGCAGAACGUGCUUUACAUUUCACCACAAACCUUUAGCUUCAAACAAUGUUUAAAGAUGUAAAGAUAUCUGGCUCAGGUUAUAGUGAGAAGAAGAGUGGGACAAAAUAGUCUGAGAUGGGAUGUCUGGAAGC